UUGAAUAUUAUAUAGUAUUUAAAACUAAUUACAAUUAUGGCAGCAAUAAGACAUACAUUACAAAGAGAAGUGUUUACACCUAGUGAUGAGAAAUUACUCAGUGUAUGCUAUGUUAGUAAGGCAUAUAAAAAAAAGAAAAUGAGUUUUUUGUGUUUAACUACAACCACAGACUCACCUUCAUCGUUACUUUUAUAUCAAGUAAAAAAGAAUGAUAAAAAUGUAUUUAAGAAAAAGCAAUCAUGGUCUUUAAGUGAUAUUCAAAUUGUGGAUGGCGUUAAAAAUGAUUCUAUGGAUAUAGAAUUACAUAUUGAUAAAGUAUAUAAAUGGUCAGUGACAACAGUACAAGAACGAAGGACAUUUAUAAGUAAUUUAUAUACUUAUUCUUGUAAUUUAGCUCAAAGACCACAAUUUAGAAAUAUUCCUAAAGAAUGGCUUAUAGAUCCUAGUUCAUUAAAAAAGGGUGAUAGUAUUACUUUUACACCAGAACUAUUAACAUCUCCUAUUUCAUCUGAUUACCAACCUAUUACUGAAAAAGAAGCUAUAGAUUUAAAGCAAAUGAUGGAGGACUGUGAUUAUGCAGUCUCAAAUGCUGAACUUUUUAUGGAAACCCUUUCUAAAGAUCUCUCAAUUCUGGAUGGGGAAAAUGUGCAAUCAGUUUUGGCAUCAGAAGCUCGAGUAACUCAAUUAAUGAAUAGUAUAGAAGCAGCAAUAACUGAAGCUUCUAUCGUUGAAGCUCGUCUUGCAGCUUAUGAUGAGGCCCUUGGUAGGAUUAGAGAAGUUAUGGCACGUGUAGGCCAAAAAAAUCAAGCUAUCCAUACAGCUAAUAGUAAUGCACGACUUUUGCUAGAUCAAUUGAAUACAGUAAUUUCACAAUUAGAUAUUUCAUCAACACAUCAGCGUAUUUUGAGCGAAGCUGAGCUUCCAGGAGAAAAGGAGGAACUUAGCCAAGCAGGUGCUGCCCUUUUAAAAGCAAUAACAGCUCCUCUACCACCAGGGCUUGAUAAAUUAAGUGCAGUGACAGAACAAAAAAGACGACUUGAUAAGCUUAGAGUUAAAUUUUCUGUAAUUGUAGCUAGACAUCUAAAUAACCUUUUCAUACAUUUGGGUAAUGAUGUUGGAGAUAUGUCAACAUCAAUGACAGAUUUAAUUCUUCCAACACAUCAAGCAGUUCAUCAUGAGCUUGAACCAUACACAGAGUUAAUGCAAUUAUUAAGAGCAUUAGAUAAUAAGGCUUUUGUGCAGUUAACCAAGGUUUAUACAGAUACAAUGAGUAAGUUAUACAAGAGAGAUUUGAAACGAUUUUUUGAAGAAGCAAGGAAUAAGCUUAUUUGUAAACGUCUUCAAGCAAAUACAUCAAAGUCUAGUGGUCAAAAAACAGAAGAUUUACUGAAUCCUGCACCUAUUUGUUUAUUAAGUGGUGAAAUAUGGGCACCUGUAGGGGAAGGAAAUCUUUUGGAUUCAGUUCUUGAUUGUAUGCUUUCUCAAAUGCAACCAGUUUGCCUCGCAGAACAAGCAUUUUGCAUUUCAUUUUUACAAUUGGAUUCUGUUCUUUCUCCAUCAAAAAGUAGUGAAAUGGAAGAAGUAGAUAAUAUUAGUAAUGGAGCUGCAAGUCCUGGAUCAGUAACUUCUACAGCAAGUAAGAAAUUAGAAAGACAAGUAAAUGAAGAAGUACGUGCAACAAUGGCAGCUAUAUUUCCGUCAUUGGAAACUGAAUUAAGUAACUUUAUUGCUUUUUUGGAUAAAAUUGAUAGCUUUUGGUGUAUGUAUGUUUUGGUGCGUUUAUCACAACAUGUUAUGUCUGCACAAGACACUGGUUCAUUUUUAUCUAUGACAUUUGCUUCUGCCCUAAUUCAAGUUAAAAGAGCAUUUGAUAAGUUCAUGCAAACACAAUUACAAUCAAUUCUCUGUGAUACUAAAGUUAAUCGCAGAAAUAAGUGUGGUAUAUUAUCAUAUGUAGAAAAUUUUGAACCAUUUGCAAGAACAGCAGAAAAAAUCUUUAAAAAUUCAGAUCGGAAAGUUGAUCUUGAAAAGUGGUAUACUAAAUUAGUAGGUACAAUGUUUGAAGCUAUUGUUAUCCACAGUAGAGACCAUCAUAAAACUCCACAGGAAGUUAUUAAGAUGGAAAACUUUCAUCAUUUAUAUGAUCUUCUAUCACAAUUAAAAAUACCUGUUCUUGAUCAUGAACGAAAGGAAGCUAAACAAAAAUAUCAGGAUGCUUUAUGUGUAUAUGUUACACAAUAUUUUGGAAGGCCUUUAGAAAAACUAAAUCUAUUUUUUGAAGGCGUACAAGUAAAAGUUGGUGCUGGAGUUAAAGAGUCUGAAGUUAGUUAUCAAAUGGCUUUCAGUAAACAAGAGCUUAAACGUGUUGUAAAAGAAUAUCCCGCCCGAGAAGUUCAAAAAGGUUUAGAAAAUUUAUAUAGAAAGGUUGAAAAACAUUUAUGUGAAGAAGAAAAUUUAUUACAAGUUGUUUGGCGCGAAAUGCAAGGUGAAUUCAUUGCACAAUAUAAAUAUAUAGAGGAGUUAAUUAAAAGAUGUUAUCCAGACAGUAUGGUAACUCUUGAAUUUACUAUGCAAGAUAUUUUAGACUUCUUCUCAGAAAUAGCUCGAUCUCAUUAAAUAAUUCUUUAAUACAAAUAUACAAAAAUUGUAAAA